UACGUGUCUUGAAAAGUCCUCUUUUAAAAACCCCUCAUCUCAUUCGCCUCCUUCCAUCAGCCCCAAUAAGUUGAGGCGUUUACAAGUUUCUGCAGGGACAGAGACGCGGUUCCAGCCAUCCGCCAGCGGUGUCAGCCCAAGUACCGAAAUGUCCGGUGUGAAGAAGCCUCGCACGGAUCUCCAAAGGUCUACGAAUGUGGUGUACCAGGCCCACCACGUCAGCCGAAGCAAGAGAGGACAGGUCGUGGGCACCAGGGGAGGUUUCAGGGGCUGUACUAUCUGGCUCACCGGUUUAUCUGGCGCUGGGAAGACCACCAUCAGUUUUGCUUUGGAAGAGUAUCUUGUGUCCCAUGCCAUCCCUUGCUACUCACUGGAUGGAGACAACAUUCGUCAUGGCCUGAACAAGAAUCUAGGCUUCUCUUCUGAAGACCGCGAGGAAAAUAUCCGGCGUGUUGCCGAGGUGGCCAAACUGUUUGCUGAUGCUGGCCUUGUGUGCGUCACCAGUUUCAUCUCUCCUUUCACUAAGGAUCGUGAUGAGGCAAGGAAGAUCCACGCCAGUGCGGGGCUGCCAUUUUUUGAAGUGUUCAUCCAUGCUCCUCUUGAAGUGUGCGAGAGCAGGGAUGUAAAAGGGCUUUACAAGAAGGCUCGUGCUGGAGAGAUCAAAGGUUUUACUGGGAUUGAUUCAGACUACGAGCGUCCCGAGGCCCCAGAGCUUGUCCUGAAGACUGGAGAGCUCUCAGUAAAUGAAUGCCUCCACCAAGUGUUGGAGUUGCUCAGGGAUCAGAGUAUUGUACCAAGCGAGAUCAUGGACGAGGUGAAGGAGCUCUUUGUUCCAGAGAACAAGCUGCAUCUUGCUGUAGCUGAUGCAAACACUCUGCCCACGAUCAGCAUCACCAAGCUGGACUUGCAGUGGGUGCAGGUUUUGGCCGAGGGCUGGGCCAGUCCACUGAAGGGCUUCAUGAGGGAAAGAGAGUUCCUACAGGUCCUGCACUUCGACAACCUGCUGGAUGGUGGAGCCAUCAACAUGUCUAUCCCCAUUGUGCUGCCUGUGAGCACGGAGACCAAGAAGGAGUUGGACGGCUGUGCAGCUGUAGCUCUGGAGUACCAGGGUUCACGUGUGGCUAUUCUCAGGAACCCAGAGUUCUAUGAGCAUCGCAAGGAGGAACGUUGUGCCAGACAGUGGGGCACCAGCUGUCCACAGCACCCUUACAUAAAGAUGGUCAUGGAGGGAGGUGAUUGGCUGGUAGGUGGUGACCUGGAGGUGCUAGAGCGAAUCAAAUGGAAUGAUGGACUUGACCAGUACCGCCUCACACCUAAGGAGCUCAAGCAGAAGUUUAAAGAUAUGGGAUCAGAUGCAAUAUUCGCAUUCCAGCUGCGUAACCCAGUCCACAACGGCCAUGCCCUGCUUAUGCAAGACACCAAGCAGCGCCUGCUAAAACGAGGAUACAAAAAUCCAGUUCUCCUGCUUCACCCGCUCGGCGGCUGGACCAAAGAUGACGAUGUGCCUCUGGAGUGGAGGAUGAGGCAGCAUGCUGCGGUCUUGGAGGAGGGCGUCCUGGACCCGGCCAGCACCAUCGUGGCCAUCUUCCCCUCACCCAUGAUGUAUGCUGGACCCACAGAGGUUCAGUGGCACUGUAGAGCGAGGAUGGUUGCUGGAGCCAACUUUUACAUCGUUGGCCGGGACCCUGCGGGCAUGCCUCACCCCGUGACGAAGAAGGACCUGUACGAACCCACCCACGGAGGAAAGGUGCUCACCAUGGCCCCAGGCCUCACCUCGGUGGAAGUCAUCCCCUUCAGGGUAGCGGCCUACAACAAGGCUAAAAAGGCGAUGGACUUUUACGACCAAGAGCGUCAAGCUGAAUUUGAGUUCAUCUCUGGCACAAAGAUGAGGAACUUGGCAAGGAACGGAGAGAACCCCCCGGAUGGUUUCAUGGCUCCAAAGGCCUGGAAGGUGUUGGUGGAGUACUACACCUCCCUUCAGAAGAACAAGUAAUUCACCUUCAGAUUACCAGUGAAUAGCAUCAUAUAAAAUGACAAAGUUGGUUCUCAAAUGUUUAGAAACAUACUGUAGUUUCCUUCUGUUAUUUUAGCUGGGACGAGCUUUGAUUUAUAUAAACAAUGAGUCAUUCCGGAGGGGUAUUUUAUCUUUUGUCAAAUUUUAAUGUAUGAACUUCUAAUGGUGUAAAAAGCAUUGUAACAUUUCUAUAAAGCGAUAUAGUUUAUCAGACCAUUAUGUGUUUAUAUUCAUAUUAACUUAAGCUAUGUAUUUUAAUAAAUCUAAGAUAACUUGAGAUUAUUUUUUAUUUCUCUUUUUACAAGUUUAGGAGCAUAUUCCAAGAGUGGGAAAUCAGUUUUGAUAUUUACAUAAGAUUUGUGAAGGAAAUGGGACAAAAAAAUGUACUUUUAUAGCAUUUUAUAAUGUUAUAUCAUUUUAAGAUAGAUAUCACUGUUUGUCAAUUUAUUGUAUGACCUGGAAUCCAUACAACACAUACUUGCUGUAGAUGUACUGUUGUUUUUAUAAUGUGAAAGUGUCUUUCUCCCAAAUGUCAUUAUAAAACUGAUUGAUCUCUUUUGUGUGUUUCAUUGAAA